UGUGAUGGGGAAAAUCAUCCUUAAGACAGACAUAACAACAAGACCGACAACAUCCGACAAGGCAACCGGAUUAAAUGAAAAACUAUUACUAACUUCUCUCUAUUCCUUUCACCUACUCACAAAAUCUAUGAUCUUGUUGAACAUAUAGCAUUUACCUGAACACUCUCACUAUCCAAUUGUACUGCGCGCCCAAGGCUUUCAUUCGUUUUAUUUAUACAAUCUGCACAUCAUGGCGGGGUCAGCAUUACAGAUCUCGAAGCCCAUGAGCAUCAAAGAGAUUUCCGCAAAAGCCUCAGACUUUGAAUUUAAUCCUACUAUCGCCUUAAAAUAUUGGUUAAGGACAGCCGAUACACUCUUAAGAGAGGUUAGUAAAAUGCUCAAUCACUUUGGAGUUCUUUUGAAUGCUGAUUUCCACAGGCACAUAUUUACCAAGCAGAAGACAACGAUCAACAAGCCUACCUUUUAUUCAUGCGAUACGCCGCUUUGGUUGCAGAAAAGCUACCAGAGCAUCCAUUUGCGAAAGACCCAGAAACUAGAAGUGGUUUAAGAGCAGCUCAGAAAUCCCUCCCGGAUGUUUUAGACAGACUAGAGAAGUUAAAGCCCGGGAUAAAUGCACGCUACAAUAACUGGCAGAGGACGCUGGAAAGAAGGAAAGAAAUUCAUACAGUACGAGAGAAUGAUAUAUUGCGACCAUCAUCUAGAGCAGAUUUGGCUGCUUCCGAUCCCGCGAUUGCCGGAAAUACAACUACUUUAGCGGCUGCGGAGAACGGGGAGCUGGCCGUGAGGUUGGCACAUAAAGAAAUAAAAAGGAGAAAUGCCGUGCGGCGUGCCACAAGGCAAGCAGGUGUUAGCGAAGAAGAAGAGCAGGAGAGACGUACGGCAGGACUGUGGGAUGAUUGGGAAGCAGCAUUAUCCAAAUCUGGUCGUAAUGAUGAGGAUGAUGACAUGCGCCGAAAUAUGGAAGCUUCAAGGAGGAGGUUGGACGGCUCACAUGAUAUUUCGCCCGAUGGAUUGAGGAGGAGAUCUGCAAAACCCCCUUCUCGACCUGCAAGAUAUGUGCAAACAGCGCCUAGGAAUGGUAGCAGCGAAUACCGAUAUCCGUCGAUUUCUAAGUCUCAACCUCUCAUCAUUGAUGACUCAAAACCAUACCCACCUCCCGAUUAUCUUCCUCCAAAACCACCUAAAGAAGAAGAGCCUGGGCCGCCAAGUUACGAAACACCUCCACCAAUACCUGAAAAACAAUCAUCACAUACGCGCGAGAGCUCAUCAUCUGAAAUGGUCGGCGAAGUUUCAAAAUUCACUUUUCGACCCUCCGCAUAUCUUGAAAAUGGUAAACCCCUUCGAACAGUUUUUCUUCCGCCUACAUUGCGACGAGAAUUCCUUGCCUGCGCAGCCUCAAAUACACGAGCGAACCUAGAAACUUGUGGAAUGUUAUGCGGAACGUUGAUAUCUAAUGCCCUCUUUGUUUCUCGACUCGUUGUUCCAGAACAGAAGAGUACCAGCGAUACGUGUGAAACAACUAAUGAGGGUGCUUUUUUCGAUUACUGUGCAUCUGAAGAUUUAAUGGUUCUAGGAUGGAUACAUACUCAUCCUACACAAAGCUGUUUCAUGAGUAGUCGAGAUUUACAUACACAUUGCGGAUAUCAAAUCAUGAUGCCGGAAAGUAUUGCAAUUGUUUGCGCACCGAGUAAAACUCCUUCGUAAGUAACCAUUUCUCUAUUUCCCCAUUGAUGAGGGGCAUGUACUGAUAGUAAAUAGAUGGGGAGUCUUCCGUUUAACUGACCCUCCAGGGAUGCCAGCUGUUUUAAAUUGUAAACAGACUGGACUUUUCCAUCCGCAUGAAGAAAGAAAUAUCUAUACGGAUGCACUUCGACCUGGUCAUGUAUUUGAGGCAGAAGGGCUAGAAUUUCAAGUCGUUGAUCAGCGACCAAAGCGGUAAUGACAUUGAUGAGGUCUAUAAUGAUGUCACGAGAAUAUAGUGAUGGUUUUGGUUGUUUGGCAGCGUAGGUGUUUAGGUGGACUAUGGUCAAAGAUAGAUAAAAGCUCUCGAUUCGAUGAUGGAAUCAUAUAUCAUCUUACAGUAAUCAUUUCUUGACAAAUUUUUUUAAUGAAUUUCUAUGUUUUUUCAUGGGCCAAUGGGGGUGUACCCCUGAAAUCGAACCUUGAGAAGCUUUUAUACA